UUCGAAUACCGAUCCGGAUGCGGGGGCAACGAGAAUGGAGGUCCCCGAAGGGCAGACGAGCACCAAGCAGACGACUAUCCCGAAGCCGCUGGAGCCCACGUCGCCAACCGAGACCCGGAGGCCGCCGCCUGUCGAGCCAUCGCCUACUGUGACAACUCCCACCGAAAUUCCGAAGGAGCUCGGCCCAGAAACCUUACUCUGCACCUACGGUCGGAGGACGACGUCCGAUGCUGUCAUGGCCAGCGACGGUUUGUGCGACUACGCCUUCUACGAUUCGCUGUACGCAUUAGACAAGAACAAGCUUUCGACCUUGAGACCAUUCACCACCGACCUCGAGACCUUCAUGAGACGCGCGUCCAAGUACAAGAAGACCAGCUCGGGUGUGGCUUUCGCGUUCGAGCAUUUAAAUGAUGCAGAGCGCGAUCUGAAAAACAGGAGCCUGAGCCCCCUUACGGUCUUCUGGUGGAGAAAGAUCUUCCACGCUGGCGUCCUGGAUACACCAGAGUCCCCGAAGCCAAGACAAUGGCAGCACGCCAUUGCAAUGCUCAAAAAGUUGGACGACCUCCUCGAAUCACAGAGGGCGCUGGGUCACAGCGCGAUCACGGUGUUUACCGCGCCGUUUCCGGAGAGUGACUGGAGCCUGGCUCUGGCGCGAUACUUCACCAAGGUUCGUUUCAAUCCGGACCUGUUGAUCAUGCUCGGCCACUACCCAUUCGGCGACAACAUGAUUCAAGACUGCAUAGUCAUGCCUCCGACUAGGCAUCCAGACGACGCUGCGCCUGACUAUGUCCUCAAGAACUACAGCUACGACCUGUCGAACGGCGCCUUCAGCCUUCGUGAGUUUUACGCAAACGACGGCAGUAGCCACGGUAUGCUGUCCGUGACCUUGAAGGGCCGAUGGACGGAGCCCAAAACUAGAGACGCCAUGGACUUCUACUCACCUUGUAUCUACGACCCGAGCGAAGAGUCCUUCGGCAGCUACACGGAGGUGUGCAGGCACAGUCGGUACGUGUCUUGGCUCGACUACUCGUUUAGCCAUUACGCCAUGCUUGCCCGCCACGCAACGAAAAAGCGCGCUUUCGCUUACGACAACGAGGAAGGCAUCUACGAUAAGCUCUGCAAGGUGAAGGAGGACGUGCAGGACGUGUCGUUCGGCAUCGCCGCUUACGACGUCGACUACGACGAUUAUGGCAAUCAGUGUGAAUCUCUGAACCUGUACGGCCGCCACAGCCGACUGAAGGCGCUCAGGAGCAUCGUCGACUACUUCCGCACACUUUUCGACGAGCAAUUCAGCGAGAGAGUUUGCACGUCACUAGGGGCCUGACGCUUGGCUCCUGACUGGCUCGGGGUGCUAGACCGAGCCUCCUGGAUUGCUGUGGCGGAUAUACUUUGUCCUACAUCCGUAGAUUUUUUUAUCUCAUUGCGCACAGUAAAGUUGAAGUAAA